AUGGCUCAACAUGUGCUCCAUGGGACAAUUCAUGCAACUAUUUUCGAGGUCGACAGGUUACAUAAUGGAUGGGAUUUUAAAGACUGCUUCAAGCCAACGAGUCAAGGAAAAGGAAAAAAGAUACUAUCUCAGGUGAAAAGGAUGAUACUUUGUCGCCCUGAGGUUGUUGGUUCAAAAAUAUAUGCAACUAUCGACUUGGAAAAAGCAAGGGUUGCAAGGACUAGAGUGAUUGAAAAGGAGCCAACCAAUCCUCGUUGGGACGAGUCGUUUCACAUAUAUUGUGCACACAAUGUUUCAAACAUUAUAUUCACGCUUAAAGAUGGUAACCGGCCGGUUGGGGCGUAUCUAAUCGGGCGAGCUUACCUCCCCGUCGCGGAGGUCAUCAACGAGAAUGAAGUGGAACGAUGGCUCAAGAUAUUAGACAAAAAAGGUAACCCGAUACAAGGAGGUUCGACGAUCCAUGUGAAGUUGAAAUACGUUAGUGUGGCGAGAGAUAGUCAUUGGUCACAAGGGAUUAAAAGUCCUAAAUUUGGAGGCAUACCUUAUACUUUUUUUAGACAAAGGGAAGGUUGUAAAGUCACAUUGUACCCCGACGCCCAUGUUUCCGAUGAUUACAUUACAUCGUAUCUCGUUUCCGAAGGGUAUUAUGAGCCGCAAAGAUGUUGGGAGGAUGUCUUUGACGCGAUUAGUGACGCGAAACAUUUGAUCUACAUAACCGGGUGGUCAGUUUACACCAAAAUAACGUUGAUUCGAGACCCUAGGAGGCCUAAACCGGGCGGAGAAGUGACAUUAGGUGAAUUACUGAAGCGAAAAGCGGACGAUGGUGUGAACGUGUUAAUGCUUGUUUGGGACGAUAGGACAUCCGUCGAGGAUUUUAAGAAAGACGGAUUAAUGGCGACGCACGAUCAAGAAACGGACGAUUAUUUCCGUGGCACGAAGGUACAUUGUGUUCUAUGUCCUCGUGAACCCGAUAAUAAAAACACUUAUGUUCAAGGGAUUCAAGUGGCUACAAUGUUUACUCAUCAUCAGAAGGCGAUUGUCACGGACAGCGACAAUCCCGGGGAUGCGUCGGGAAAGAGACAGAUCCUCGGGUUUGUUGGGGGUAUUGAUCUUUGCGACGGAAGGUACGACACUCAUGACCAUUCUUUGUUUCGGACCUUGAAAGAUAUUCAUCAUGAUGAUUUUCACCAGCCAAACUUCCGGGGAGCCUCCAUCGCAAGAGGCGGUCCACGAGAACCGUGGCACGACAUACAUUGCAAACUUGAAGGCCCGAUCGCGUGGGAUGUAUUGUAUAAUUUUGAACAAAGGUGGAAUAAACAAGUUGGAGCUGGGUUUGUGUUUACAUUACCCGAGCUUGACGAAUUCAUAUCUCACCCUGUGCCGGUUAGUCCAUCGGAUGAUUCGUGGAACGUGCAGCUGUUUCGAUCGAUCGAUGGUGGUGCGGUGUCGGGGUUCCCCGGGGAAGCAUCUAUGGCCGGGCUUGUUACCGGAAAAGAUAAUGUGAUUGAUCGUAGCAUCCAAGAUGCGUAUAUUAACGCCAUACGACGAGCGAAAAACUUCAUCUACAUUGAGAAUCAGUACUUUGUUGGCAGCUCUUAUAAUUGGAAAACAAGUGAAGAUUUCAAAAAUGAGGACAUCGGGGCUUUAAAUCUCAUCCCAAGGGAGCUCUCACUUAAAAUAGUGAGUAAGAUAAGAGCAAAUGAGAGAUUUUGCGUGUACAUUGUCAUCCCAAUGUGGCCUGAAGGGAUCCCAGAAAGUGGAUCCGUUCAGGCCAUUUUAGAUUGGCAAAAAAGAACCAUGGAAAUGAUGUAUAAAGACAUCGCUUCCGAGAUUCGUGCCAAAGGGAUCGAAGCAGACCCUCGGGACUAUCUGACAUUUUUUUGCCUAGGGAAUCGUGAAACCAAGAAACCCGGUGAGUAUGAACCGCCAGAGAAACCCGAGCCUGAUUCUGAUUAUAGUAGAGCCCAAGAAUCGCGACGCUUCAUGAUUUACGUUCAUGCUAAAAUGAUGAUCGUCGACGACGAAUAUAUAAUAAUUGGGUCAGCAAACAUCAAUCAAAGAUCAAUGGAUGGGGCUCGAGACACAGAGAUUGCAAUAGGUGCCUACCAACCAAACCAGAUUGCUGGUCAAUGGGCACCCAGAGGUGCAAUAUAUGGGUUCAGGAGAGCAUUGUGGCUAGAACAUCUUUCUUACGUACAUGAUUCUUUUCGCCAUCCAGAAAGCCUAGAAUGUGUUCGCAAAGUAAACGCUAAGGCAGAUGGAAACUGGAACUUGUAUUCGAGCCCGACCUUUGAUCAGGAUCUUCCAGGACAUUUGCUUCGUUAUCCGGUGGCUAUCUCAGACGGUGGAGACGUUACGACUUUGCCGGGGUUUGAGUUCUUCCCGGACACAAAGGCACGGGUUUUGGGGACUAGAUCUGUCACUUUACCUCCUAUUCUAACCACCUAGUACUAACUCAUUGUAACAUAUAUAUUACUUGUGACUUAUUUGAACAUAGCUAGCAAGCAUUCGUAACUUAUAUCCAA